AUGCUAACGGAUAAACUUGAUAAAUCUCCGGAAGUUAAGGCUCGUUUUGAUAAAUUUAUUAAGACUUUUUACCAACGAUUUGGAGAAAAAAAAGGAGUUAAAAUUUAUGAACCACGGGUCAAAUUUUACGGAUUCGGACACUUUUACAUUAAUGAGGAAGAAGCUGACUCCCCGACCGCCGAGAUGGGCCAUACUGCUACUCCCGAAAAUGAAGAAUUGCUAGUUAGUGAGACAUAUGAAGCCUUUAGACUUCCCAUGGAAAUUAACCUUAACCAAAUCUACUUGCUAAAUCACGGAAGUUUAGGAAUGGAUACAUUCUAUCCUCGCGACCCCGACAAGUUUGGCGGAUUUAGUGUUAGUUUUGACAAAUUAACGGAAACUAUGGCCCAUGAAUUAGUCCAUGCUCUGCAAAAUAUAAUGAAUAUUGAUAAGGGUAGAAAAAGCCUAAAAGAAGGCCAAGCAUUAUUUAGUCAAUGUGCAAGUAGCGGAGAAAGAGAAGGAGGAAGACCUGAUGGAAAACUUUUACAUCCCGAUUGA